AUGAAGAUGAAAGGCUUCUACGUGGCAAAUAUUAUGUUGUUCUGGUUGAUUAUGGGGCAACUCUGGACUAUUAAAGCGACAAUCUGUGAAUAUUGUGGCAAAGAUUUUAAAUCUUUGGGGAGACACAUUUGGCGAUGCAAAUCUCGCGUUGGUCAUCCGUCUCAUGCUGGAAAUGAAAGGCAAAGUAAUAACGAACGUUCGUCGAAUACAGAAAGGACUGACCACCAAGUCAAUAUCAAUGCUGACGGUGAGCUGGUGGGUGAGUGUGCUAAGUUUAGAUGCUAUUGUGGCCGUAUGUUUUUAAGCUAUCGCUCGUUGACUUUGCAUCGUCGAUCAUGCUAUAUAGGGAAUAGUAGCGGCAACCUUUCGGACUUAUUUGUUGAAGUGAACAACCCUAAUUUGAACGUAGCGGGCGAAGUUUUGUCCGAAAUGCCUAGUGCUAUUUUUCCAAGUCAAAAACCAUCGCUGUUAGUGGGAGUUAAACUCCGACGGUCGAAAUCUGAAUGGGACAGGGCAAACGAAUAUUUUCGUAUGCAGAUAGACACUUCUAGGGAACUAAGAAAUUUGAAUAUGGAAAUUGUCAUUUGA